CCAGGGCCGGGCCGCAGGAUCUCACAUUCCAAAACCUUGGCGAGAUGGAGGAGAAGGCUGUGAGGAAGAGGAAGAUGCCACAGAACAGCCAGGGAGACAAGGAGCUGAGGAUGGAGACCAGGGAGGACAAAUCCCCACAGCAGAACCUCAUGGAACAGGUUUUGAGCAGCUCCACGGUGCAGGAAUCCAAAAGGGAGGAAAAGCUUCGGAGAUCCUACAGGAGGAAGGACUCCAAACCCAUCCCAGCGUGCUCUGAGGAGGAAAGACCCACCCUGUGCCAGGAAGGUGGACAGAGCUUCAGCCGGGGCUCUGAGCUGGUGGUCCCUGAACAGCCUCAUGACGGGGAGAAGCCCCACAAGUGCUUGGAGAGUGUGAAGAGCUUCAGCUGGAACUCCCUCCUGACCAGACACCAGCAGAUUCACACCAGGGAGAGGCCCUAUGAGUGUUCCGAGUGCAGGAAGAGGUUUCAGACCAGCUCCAAUCUCCUCCAGCACCAGCAGAUUCACACAGAGGAGAGGCCCUUCCGCUGCCCUGACUGCAGGAAGGGCUUCAAGCGCAAUUCCCACCUCAUCAGGCACCGGCGCAUCCACACUGGGGAGAGGCCCUACGAGUGUGGGGAAUGUGGGAUGAGCUUCAGCCAGAGCUCCGACCUGAUCCGCCACCAGAGGAUCCACACCAGGGAACGGCCCUACGAGUGUGAGCAGUGUGGGAAGAGCUUCAGCCACAGAUCCAGCUUGAUCUGCCACGAGAACAUCCACGCUGAGGAAAGGCCAUACAAGUGUGGGGAAUGUGGGAAGGGCUUCAACCAUAGGUCCCAGCUGAUCAUCCACCAAAUGAUCCACAGUGGGGAGAGGCCCUACGAGUGUCCCGAGUGUGGGAAGAGGUUUCAGACCAGCUCCACUCUCCUCGUGCACCAGCGGAUUCACAGAGAGGAGAGGCCCUUCCGCUGCCCCAGCUGCAGGAAGGGCUUCAAGCACAACUCCCACCUCAUCACCCACCAUCGCAUCCACACUGGGGAGAGGCCCUACGAGUGUCCCCAGUGUGGGAAGAGCUUCACCCACAGGUAUAACUUGACCAGACACCAACAGAGCCACCAAUAAGGGAAGCCCUGCGAGUGCCCCGAUUGCAGGAAGUGCUUUGUGUGUCUCCAGCUUCAUCCUUAUUGACGACCCACUUUGUGCAGAGCCCUGGUGACCCACAUUUCCCCUGACCCACGCUCAGAAGUCACCUGUCCCUUUCUCUGCCCCAGGCAAUGAUGUGAGGUGGGACUGAAGAACAUGAGUGUCUGGCCACGGUCCCAUCAUUGCAUUUGAUCCCAUCUCAGGUCAUUGCCAGGGGCAGGAAAGGGAUUCUCUCUCCCCCCACAAGGAGAAGGGUGUCCUUUCCAGGCUGGAGGAAAUACAUGGCUGGGAAGAGCCAGUCAGUGUUGUUAUACAGUUUUCCCUGUAUAUAAUUUGUUUUACCCCUUCUGUUAUCAAUAUUGUUUCUGUUCCUAGGUGUUCCUUAUCUUGUUGCUGUUCCCAGUAAAUUGUUCUUAUCCCA